AUGUCUCGGGCUUCUGGCUACGAACCAACACAACUCGACGGCUCACCAGGCCUCAGAGCACGCCUAGCAACUAUUCGUGAUCUUCGCCAGCGGAAAUACACUGACGCAGAGAUCGACACAAUGGUCGCGGAUAUGGGCAAUGUUGGACUCUCCUUCCCCGAGCUUUUGGAGAUGCUCAGGAACGGACCACAGACGGACACCUCUGCUAAGAAAGCGGAGCGCGCUCAGAGCAAGGUUGUUGCGCGACCGACGACUAGCACAACCCCCACAACACCUGCCAAACGCGAUGUGCCGACAUACUCCCUCAACCCCUCUGACGUGGCAGGCAGGAGGACUCAGUUGCCCGUCAGGAGCCAGAAGACCACAAAAACUAUCAAAUCGCGUUUCGCAGUCGAGAACCUCGCUUCGGUGCAGACGGAUCCCGCUGCCUGUGCCGAGCUGGACAGGGUGCUGGCUAUAGAUAAGUCCAAGGCCCCCGAAGAGAAGGUUCCCGAGGAAGAGUUCGAGACACUGAACUUGGACUCGGACGAAGAGGAGUGGGACAAGAUUGACGCGGACGAUGAGUGGGAGGUUGUCGAUGACCCGAGAGCAGAAGUGGAGAAGAACGCGGUUUAG